CUUGUCACAAUAUAAAUACAGCUGCGCACUUUUAUCUUCAGAGACGCUUUCACAAAAGGAUGUAAUAUAGCAGUCAUCACCCAAGAAAAACACUUAAUCUCUUUAAGAACUUUGAAUUUUAUUUAGUUUUCUUACUUGCCACUGGUUUUCGUAUCUUGAAAAUGCCAUUUCUUGGACAGGACUGGCGGUCACCUGGUCAAAGCUGGGUAAAAACCGAGGAUGGUUGGAAAAAAACGACGAAGAAUGAGAACGAGACUAAUAACAAUCUUUCAGAACGGAAGAGCUACUGCAAGGAAGAACAUGACAAGGAGAAUUUGAUCCUCAGCAUUAAUUACGAUGUGGCUGUAAAGAAGCGAAAGAAGGACUUACUGAACAACAACACCAAGAUUCCUUACUUUCACAGAGAUAAAUGGAUUUAUGUCCACAAAGGGAGUACCAAAGAGCGUCAUGGAUAUUGUACACUGGGAGAAGCAUUUAAUCGCUUGGACUUCUGUAGUGCCAUCAAGGACACCAGGCGAUUCAACUAUGUUGUAAGGCUGCUGGAGCUGAUUGCCAAGUCCCAACUGCCUUCUCUCAGCGGUGUGGCACAAAAAAAUUACAUGAACAUUCUGGAAAGAGUAGUACAAAAAGUACUAGAGAAUCAGCAGAAUGUCCGACCAAUCAAAGAACUGCUGCAGACACUAUAUGCAUCAUUGUGCAGUCUAGUUCAGGAUAUGGGCAAGUCAGUCCUGGUAGGCAACAUCAACAUCUGGGUUUAUCGCAUGGAGAACAUAAUGCAGUGGCAACAACAGCUUGACAACAUUCAGAUCAACAGGCCCACAAACACGGGUAUGACAUUCCUUGACCUGCCGGCUAGCUUACAGCUGAAUAUAAUGCACCAUCUCUCAGAUGGACGAGAUCUGGUCAGCCUGGGCCAAGUAUGCCCUGGCCUAUGUGUUCUGACAGAAGAUCGCCUGCUGUGGAAAAAACUCUGCCAGUAUCACUUCACAGACAGACAGAUUCGCAAGCGUCUCAUAGCGACAGAAAAAGGGCAUUUGGAAUGGAAAAAGAUGUACUUCAAGCUUUGCCGGUGCUACCCUCACAAAGAGCAGUACAGUGACACACUACAGUUCUGCAUACAUUGCCACAUCCUCUUCUGGAAGGAUACAGACCACCCUUGCACAGCCAAUAACCCAGAGAGUUGCUGCAAGCCAGUGUCUCCACAGGGUUUCAUCAACCUUUUCAAGUUCUAGGAGGCGCUGCAUUGCUGCCAUGUAUAUAGUGUCAAUAGUGCAAAAGAUUCCUGGAUGACUUGAGUGAGGGAAUAGAUGUUGUAUUAGAAGCAGGUGUCAUAAUGUUAAAACACUUAUAUCUGAGAAAGUACGUACAGAAUGUAUGGAAACUAAAUGUUCAAGAGAAAUAUACACAAUGUGAAACUAUAAAACUAUGUUGGGGGAGAUGUAAAAAAAAAAAGGCUCAGUUUAUUUAUAAGGGAUCUAUUUUUAUUUAUUUAGCAUGAAUCUUGUUUACUCAAAGAAAGUUUGAAUAAUGACUAGAAAAGGAUUGUUUAAAGCGAUCCUACUUUCAUAAAAAGCUUUUAUGCUGCCAGGAUCCCCUGGUCUCUUAUGUGAAUGUAAUAUAGGUUUGAUUUUUGGCAACAAAAACAUCUGUUGGACUAUUGUUUGAAUUUAAAAUGGCAUAUUGGUGCUUGUAGCAAGAGAAGUGCAUGACGUUUGUUUACCAGAAAUGGCCUUAACACUUGUGUGCAAUACUUUUCUAAGAGCAUUUUUGUUUUCCUUUUUCACUUUUAUACAUUUUAUAUUUUCAGUGGUUUGUGUUUAAACGUGUGUCUAAACACAAUAAAUUAAUGAUUAUAUAGUUCUAAAGCAUAAAGACUCAUCAAAGGUGCCUUACCAUUUUGAGUGGUCAAAACCAAAGGCUUGCAUGUUUGUCAUUCACUUGCAGACAGUGCUAUCUGAAUAAAACAAGUAUCAUAUUUUCAUUAAAAUAUAUGUUGGAAUUGAUGAAUAAAAUGAUUUGAGAUUUUGUUUUUCAAAUUCUCACAACUGAAUGUUCAACAACUCUUGCAUGUUUUGAGUUUUUGAUAACAAGAGGUUUCAUUUUUGUAACUGGUAACUUCUCUGCAUACUAUGUCACUUUGGAUGUUUAAAAUAUUCAAGGCUAAUGCUCAUGAAGAGCUAAAUGUCACUGGUCCUGUUGAUGAAUAAACCAAAAAGA